AUGUACGCAACACUCCUCACUUCCUUGGUAAUUACUUUAGCAAACGGAGAAAGUCGAUUGACAACAUCCAACUACAAAGCUAUUAACUUUGCCAGAGAAAUAAGAGGACGACGGCUUCACGGAAGGGUUAUCAAGGAAAUUGAAGUGGAUUCUGAGAGUUCUUGUCGACUGCUUUGCGUGGAGGAAAGUUCAUGCCUGUCAUACAACUUUGGACCCGGUGAAAACAAGAAGAUGUUUAAAUGUCAACUAAGCGACUCUGAUCGCUUUGCUAGCUUCAACAAUUUUACCGAUGACGACACAUUUCUCUACCGAGGAGUGAAGAGCCAUUGUGAGGUCAGCUCUUUCCUUUGUGCAGAAAACGAGAUCUGUGUUCCCAACUAUAUAGACAACACUGCAGAAUGCAAAUGUCGUUAUGCUUCUGGAUAUACUGGAAAACCAUGCGAAGCAAAAAGCUGCGCCCAACUACUAAAAGAUGGUUUCACUUCCAAUGGCGUGUACACCAUCAAUCCAGAUGGCGGUAAGCCAAUACCAGUGUUGUGUGACAUGACCACUGACGGUGGAGGUUGGACCGUUUUCCAGAGACGUUUGGACGGCUCUGUUGACUUCUAUCGUGACUGGAAAGCUUACAAAGAGGGGUUCGGAAGUUUGAGCGGCGAGUUCUGGCUUGGAAACGACAAUCUUCAUCGUUUGACGGAUGCUAAUGAAGUCAUGUUGAGAGUUGACUUGGAGGACUUUGAGGAGAACAUCACAAACGCCGAGUACAAUACAUUUAAGGUGGCAGACGAGGCUGAUAAGUACAGACUCACUCUCGGAGAAUACAAUGGCACAGCGGGAGAUUCCUUCAUGUUUCAUAGCCAUAUGCAGUUUUCCACGAAAGAUCAAGAUAAUGAUCUACAUUCUGCAAGCUGUGCCCAGCUCUUCAAAGGGGCCUGGUGGUACAAAAGCUGCCAUGCGUCCAAUCUAAACGGAUUGUAUUUGAAUGGCCAACAUGCCUCUUAUUCUGAUGGAGUCAACUGGAACACGUUUAGAGGCUUUCACUACUCAAUAAAACGCACUGAAAUGAAAGUAAAAACCAAGGGAUAA